AUGGCACCAUCAUCGUCAGUCAGGGUCUAUGAGACUCCUCCUAGUAUCGCCACCAACAAGGACUUCACAUUGGAGGUCCGGUCCAAAUCGCACGAAGCUGAGGACUGGAGCAGCGUAGGCAUCUAUGCUGUGCAAGUAUCGGAACCUAAUGCCGCCAGUAAUCUAUUUCGCCGCCAUACAAUAGCGGUAGCAUCGGUAGACUUCGACGGUCCGACCGAAUUCAAGGUUUCGUUCAAUGCCGGCCAAGUCUCUUCAUUCGCCAUAAGGCCUCGUUCAUAUAACAUCCAAACCACCACCGAUGGUUCAAACCGCCUGUCUUUCGUUCUUGAAAAGCCCCGGGAUAUUAUGAUCGAGGUGAAUGGAAAUAAAUGGCAAGCCCUUCACAUCCUGUCCAAUGCAAUCGACCAUCAAGCCCCAACGACAGAUACACCUGAUACCUGGUACUUUGGCCCUGGAAUAAAUCAGGGAUCGGUAUAUAAUAAAGUGCUUGAAGGAGACGGUGUAAAUCUCUUCGUUCCAUCUGGUAAAACAAUACAUCUUGCCGGUGGAGCAUUCAUUACGUGCCGCCUUAACUUUGUUGAUGUCUCCAAUUGCGCUGUGCGAGGGCAUGGGUUCAUUCUGGGACCCGAGGGGGGCUAUGUGCACAGAGAACAUGGAGGCGCCAUUCAUAUGAGUGGCGCGACAAGCAUCGAUGUGCAAGGCGUAACUUCUCUCAACUCCAACGGGUUCACUCUCUCAGCUGGACAAUGCAAGAACGUACACAUUGACCGUUACCGGGCAUUUUCUUCCGCUGGAAAUGGGGACGGAAUUGAUUUCUUUUGUUCAUCGGAUAUUGUCAUUGAGAACUGCUUCCUCCGGACAUCUGACGACUGCAUCGCCUUUUACUCCCACCGAUGGGAUUGGCACGGAGACACAACCAACGUCGAUAUCCGCCACUGCGUACUUUUGCCGGAUAUGGCGCAUGCUGUCAAUGUUGGGACUCACGGAAACCCAGAAAAGCCAGAGAUCAUGAGCAACAUCACAGUCAGUGAUAUUGAUGUGUUGGACCAUGAGGAAAACCAGCAAUGGUAUCAGGGUGUAAUCGCCCUCAACGCUGGCGACAUGAACACCCUCGAGGAUUUUACCUUUGAAAAUAUCAGGGUGGAGAGAAUCACCCGGGGUCAGCUGGUCAAUAUCCGCGUGAUGCAAAAUGCCAUGUGGACAGUGGCCCCCGGAGUUGUUGUGAGAAACGUGAGGUUUAAAAAUGUGAGUCUUGAUACGGAUAACUGCAAGGUCGUCAAUCCCUCCAUGAUCCUCGGCUACGAUAAGGAUCGCCCAGUCGAUAAUGUGAGGUUUGAGAACCUGAAAAUCGGCGAUAGAGUGGUUCACACAAACAUGGAGAAGCCUAGAUGGUACAUGGUGUCAGACUUUGUCCCUCUUUUUGCUAACGAGCAUGUUCGUGGCUUGGAAUUUAUUGGAGCUGUCGAGUAG